AUUAAGGCAGGAGGUUCCUAAGUGCUGUGUGUUUCUAGUAUUUAAAGUCCACUCCUCUGCUCCUUUUCUAUUCCCCUCCCGCUUCUCACAUACUCUUGCAUUAAGAGAUGACUGUCUCAGUUUCCAUUCAAGCAGUUUGAGCACAUGCAAGAUCUCAGUCUGCUGGCAUCUGAAACACAGCAUCAAGCUCUCUGUGGACUUUUCUGCAAGCACUGAAUCUGCUCCAGGAGAAAUGCUUUCACACGUGAAUAAUCCAACCAAAAGAGUUCCUGCGAACAUCUUUGGAUUUUAUUAACAAAUAAUGCAAGGGUCAGAAACAGCUCCAGUCUGCUAUCAUUCGCGGAGUUAUAAGGAGAAGAGGGAAGAGUUUGACUUUUAAAUAAGGAGUGGUGCUUUUUGUUUCUUCAAUGGUUUUUUAAAACAGUAUGGUUUGCUGGUCUCCAAACAAGAGGAGCUGCUGAUGCGCCGCCGGUCAAAAAGUACAUUCUGAUGGUGUAAAGACAUGAGACCAGAUGAUAUCAACCCACGUACUGGACUGGUGGUGGCCUUGGUGAGCAUAUUUCUUGUAUUUGGUUUCAUGUUUACGGUUUCUGGAUUUAAAGGGGAGACGUUGGGAUCUAUCCCACUGCUUGCAAUAGGGCCAGCCAUUUUUCUACCUGGAGUGGCAGCUAUAACUCUGGCAAGGAGGACAGAUGGUUGUACAAAAUGGCCUUAUAAACAAUGUGCCUGCUGCUGUAAGAAGGGAAGAGACAAGGAGAACGUAGAACUUCUGAAGACCCCGUCUGAUGUGGAGUCUGGCAAGGGGAGUUCAAACGAGCUGGACAAAAAAGAUAAACCAAAGGAAAAAGACGAGGGUUGUGAGUCUAACAAAAUCACCACCAUAGGGGAUUCAAGGACGCUUACUAUGAAGGGAGAUGGAGAUGAGGGGCUUAAAUGCCAGGACCAAUGCCAUUCUACAAACACAUUACCAGGAGGAGUAGAGAACCAUAACACAUGCUCAGUUUUUGAUAAAAAGAUUACUGCAGACCGAAUAAUAUACACUGCUACAGAGGAGAAAGUUACACUAGAUCCAAGAGACAGUGAUGCAGGUGCCUAUCCUCAAGGAGGGGACAAUUCUUAUAACAGGUAUUGCUGUUAUGUAAAACCAACAGAAGUGAACUGGGACCAAGAGACCAUUGUCUAAAACCUAAUAAUAAUGCACAUAUUCACACUAUACAAGAAUGUUUUUGCACUGCAUGACUGAUCCAAGCCUUGUCGAAAACAAUACAGGUGCUUAUGUCUGGCAGUCUCCUGCUGAAGGUGUGUUAUUGCAGAUCAGCAUGUCUAGGGUCGUGGGUCUCCUGUUUCCUUUUUUGAUAGUUCUGGCCAAACACAGUGCCUUGCUAUGGAGCUGGACAUGCGCGCAGCAAGCAUGACCAAUCACCAAUAGGUCAACAGGCAGGGAUAACAGCUCAGGCUAACUGCAUAACACACUGAGAAUACACCAAUAUGCUGAAUGAUAAGUUGCUGCAACAACACUUUUGUUUUUAUAAAUCAUGUAUGACCUAUAUUAUUACUACUUGUGGAGAAACAGGUAGCCAUACCUUCCUGGUAAUUCUAAGUUAAAGAUUAGCAAUGCAAUAAUUUGCUAACAGACAUUUGCUGAUAAAUGGUAUAAUCCUCAAUAAUAAUUGUCAUUUAACCAGUGGGAUGCUGCUGCUAAUUCUCAAGACUUCUGAUGAUUUUUUUUAAAAUGAGAAUUAUCACCAGACUAUUUUUUUAUGUUUCCUAAAAUAUAAUAGUGUUUAAAAACAUGCAUGUCAUUUGGAACAGUUAUGUAAAAAAAGUCUUUGGCCAUAGUUCACUUUAUCUCUAACCUGUGCUCGAACAUAUGAUGAAAGUUGGAAGCUAAGGUGGAAGCUAACUGGUUGCUAGAGACAGCAUUUCUGUGUAUUCGAUGCUACAGUUUUUUAGAAAUCUGCUCCAAAGUUUCCUUUAUUAUUUGGUGGCUAUAAAAAUAUGUAAGUUCUUUUUAAUGGUAUACAGUCAUAUUGAUUUAUGAAAAUUAAAGCAAAGGUGGAGCAGUUGCCCAGAGCCAUCAAUCAGUACCAACGGUAUAAAACGACCAUAUAAAAGAAAACAUAGCAUGGAUUCAUUACUAGUUUUCAUAAAUCAGCUUUAAAUUAUGCAAUUUUUAUAUCGCUGCAAGUGCCAACAUAUUAAAAACUAUUUCUGGUGAUAAAUCCCAAUAAUGUGCUGAUGCAAGACAGUGUUAGGAGCUUCCAUACAUUUUCAUUUGUAUGAUUUUUUUUUUCUUACUAGGAAUAACAUAUGCACUCUUAAUAAUUAUUGACUAUAUACUUCAAAUCUAUUAACUGUUUGUAACUUGUAGGCUUCUUUAAUAAAUAGUACAGUAUAAUGCUUGCCUAUAAAUUACUCUUAGUAUUUGCAUUGAUAAAUUAAACUUUUAAUAAAUGCCAUGCUUUGAA